GACGGUGGUUUCUCAUGAAGAAGGAGCUGCUCUGGAGGAAAAUACUGCCUGGACAUCAGCUAGCAAGCAGUUUGUUGAUCAGACAGGAGCUUCUUCUUCUUCUUCUUCUUCUUCUGAACACCACAGGGGAGGUGCAGCGUCAUGGGGAAACACAACAGCAAGCUGGCCCCGGAGGUCCUGGAUGACCUGACCAAAAACACUGAAUUCAACGAGGUGGAGCUCAAGCAGUGGUACAAGGGCUUCCUCAAAGACUGCCCCUCUGGCAUUCUUAACCUGGACGAGUUUCAGCAGCUCUACGUCAAGUUUUUCCCGUACGGUGAUGCCUCCAAGUUCGCUCAGCACGCAUUUCGAACGUUCGACAAGAACGGCGACGGCACCAUCGACUUCAGGGAGUUCAUCUGCGCCCUGUCCAUCACCUCCAGGGGCAGCUUUGAGCAGAAACUCAACUGGGCCUUCAACAUGUAUGAUCUGGACGGGGAUGGAAAAAUCACACGUGUGGAGAUGCUGGAGAUCAUCGAGGCCAUCUACAAAAUGGUCGGCACGGUGAUCAUGAUGCGUAUGAACGAGGACGGGCUGACCCCUCAGCAGCGCGUCGAUAAGAUCUUCUCCAAGAUGGACAAGGAUCACAACGACGAAAUCACCUUGGAGGAGUUUAAAGAGGCCGCCAAGUCCGACCCUUCCAUCGUCUUACUGCUGCAGUGUGACAUGCAGAAGUAGGAGGGAAGGGAGGAAUAAUCUGUGGUAGGGAGGCAGGGAUGGGGUCUCAGAGGUAAACUGAAACCAGGGAAGGGAGGAGGCUGAGAGAACAGCAAGGUUGGAGGACAAAGGGAGGGCUGCAGCUAGUUGGAGGAGGAGAGAGAUGAAUGAAAUGAGCCAUCAGGCCCUCGGCUGCUUUCACUGCUUGACUAAUUGAAUUGGAUGGUCUGUGAAAAGUCUAAUCCCUUCAUGUUUUAUUUGGCACAGAUCACGGUGAAAUGGCGCCUCUCAUUAUAAGCAUGUGGAAGUGAAAGGCUGCAGAGUGACAAAAGUAAAAAAAAAUCAGCUGAUUUAUUGUUCUAACCAUCAGUUUUUAUUAAUUUAAUGUUAGAUGCUCCGUGCCUGGCUGGACGUCAGAGAGAAUUCUACUCAUGCCCACCAGUGAAAAACAGGAAUGUCACUGAACAAACACAGGCCGCUGACUCAUCAUGGUUGUCAGGAAAUACACAAACGUCACUGCUAAUAGGAAACAAGUGCAAAUGACCAAUAUUAUGAACUGUCUGUGACGCGUGCAUGUGUGCGUUCAGUAUGUUGGAAUAGAAUACCCUACCUCACUUAGCUGGAUCACAGUUCCCUGCAAGAUCCACCGACUCCUCAGUCAGAUCCACAGUUACAUGAUCUGUGGUAUGACUCAUCAUGGCUUUACUCUCCAAGCACCAAACAUCA